AUUUCUGUGAUUUGCUCCUGUGUUUGCUUCACUGAAAGGUUCAUCAUAAUGGCACCGCCUUUGCAAAGAAAAAGAGUUUCCAUCGUUUCUCUUUCGGGAAGAAUGAAGACCCCAUCAAAUAAACCAAAAGCAUGGUUUGGAUGCAGACACACACAAGUGAUACUCAUGUGCCUAGGCUUCUUUUGUUGCUAUGCCCUUCGGGUAACGCCAUCGGUGACUCUGGAAGCAAUGACCAAUGCGGCCAGCGCCAAUCCCAAUUUCCAGGAGUUUGACUGGGACAUGCAAAUAAAGAAUCUGAUUUUGAGCUCCUUUUUUUGGGGCUACACCUGUACGCAAAUACCUGCUAGUAUUCUCGCCCAGCAAUGGACCGCUCAGAGACUAUUCUCGUUGACUCUAAUCCUCGCGGGUUUGCUGACCCUCAGCGCUCCCAUUGCCGCUUAUUACGGCGGCUGGCAGAUGGUCGUUGCCACAAGGGUGAUUUGUGGUCUCGCACAGGGCACCGUUCUACCGUGUCUGCACACCCUGCUGUCUAAAUGGACGCCACCCGAGGAGCGUGGUAGAUUUUCAACAUUUGUUUAUUCUGGCGGCUGGAUGGGCAAUGUGGUAUGCUUAUUGAGUACCGGCUUUCUAGCAGCAUCUCCCAUAGGUUGGCCUAGCUGCUUUUACGUUUGGGGAAGUCUCAGCGUUCUCUGCGGUAUCGCUUUCUAUUUGUUCGGAAAGAACUCACCCUCUGAACAUCCCAGCAUACCUCUCGAUGAAAAAGAAUACAUCGAGAUAAGUCUCGGAGUAACCGAGAUCGACGAGAAACCCAAUACUCCGUGGAUAUCCAUAUUCCGAAGUUUGCCGGUCUGGGCAUUGUUGGUGACGCAAUGUGCACAAGGUUGGGGAUUUUGGAUGUUAUUGACAGAAACUCCGUCCUACAUGACUUCGAUCAUGCGUUUCGACAUCCAAAAGAACGGCCUGAUGACUGCAUUGCCCUACCUUACAGCAUGGAUUGUUAGUUUUCCGUUCAGCCUUGUGUCUGAUCUAAGCAUCAGAAAGAAAGUUAUAACGACGCAGAUGUCCCGGAAGAUCUGCAAUACGAUCGGUCAAUGGCUCCCGGCGGCCGCAUUGAUCGGGCUCGGCUAUGUAAAACAAGAUCAACCGGAAUUGGCAGUGGGCAUUCUCGUACUCGCUGUGUCUAGCAAUGUCGCCAUUUUUUGUGGCCAUAAUGUUAAUCACAUGGAUCUUAGCCCAAACUUUGCCGGCAUAUUAAUGGGACUUACAAACACCAUCGCGUCUGCUUGCAGCUUGCUCGCGCCACUGGUUACUAGCAUGAUCGUCCAAGAUGCUACUAAUAUUUUGCAAUGGCGAACCGUGUUCUUCCUGUCAGCCGGAAUAUAUAUAGCAGGCAAUCUAAUCUUCGUUUUAUUUGGCACCAGCAAGGUGCAAAAGUGGAAUGACCAAAUCAAGAGCAGACAAAGUAACACCACACACAAAAUAUCGAUGGAGCCAAUCGCGACAAUAGAGGAGCAUAAAAAUGCUGAGAAGAUGCCAUGAUGAUCAAAUAUAAAAAAUGUUAA